CUGAUUCCUCUCUUACUUUAUAUUUUAACAAAUUUUUGUAUAAGAGUUAACUUCAAGUUUUUAGUAUCCUUAAUAUACUACUACUACUAGCUUUUUGCUCUGUUUCUCUGUAUAUUUGUCUGCUCUGUUUCUUUCACUUAAAUUAACAACAAUGUGAGCUUUUUGUCUUACCUUGUAUUAAAUUGUUCAAAGUUGUAAUCUUGGAUCCUAACUUGCAAGAAUCAUGAAAAGGAAUUGGGUUGUCUUAUUUCUUGUUAUCUUUUUUUUAUUGAUUGAAGUCUCAUCAGCCUCAGCAACCCCGGCUGCAAAGAUUGUUGGUGGGGUUGUUGCUAAUGUUGCGUCUGUGAUGUUUAAGUGGGCGUGGUCACUAAAAUCGACGACAAAAACAGCAGCUGUUUCUACCCGUUCAAUGAUAAAGUUUGAGAGUGGAUACGUUGUUGAAACUGUGUUUGAUGGAAGCAAGAUGGGAAUUGAACCUUAUUCAGUGGAGGUUUCUUCAACUGGAGAAGUUCUCAUUUUGGAUUGUGAGAAUAGUAAUGUUUACAGAGUGUCAACACCGUUGUCUCGAUAUAGCCGUCCAAAAUUGGUUGCUGGAUCUCCUGAAGGGUAUUCAGGGCAUGUGGAUGGGAGGCUACGAGAAGCAAGGAUGGACCAUCCUAAAGGAAUUGCAAUGGAUGAUCAAGGAAAUAUAUAUGUUGCGGAUACCAUGAAUAUGGCAAUCAGAAAAAUCAGCGAUGCUGGAGUUGUAACUAUUGCUGGAGGAAAGUCAGCCCGAGGUGGAGGUCAUCUUGAUGGGCCAAGUGAAGAUGCACAAUUUUCCGAUGACUUUGAUGUGGUUUUUGUUGGUAGCAGCUGCUCGCUAUUAGUUAUAGACAGAGGAAACCAAGCAAUUAGAGAGAUACAGCUCAAUGAUGAUGACUGUUCACACCAGUAUGACGAUAACAAUCUACAACUUGGUGUUGCACUGCUUUGUGCGGCUGUAUUUUUUGGUUACAUGCUGGCCUUGUUACAACGUAGAAUUGGAGCCCUUUUUUCAUCGAACAGUGACGAUCAGCGGGCUCCUGUCAGAGGCAUGCAACAUCCACCAUAUCAGAGAAAUAUGAAGUCAGUGAGGCCUCCCAUAAUUCCGCCAGAAGAUGAAUACGAGAAACAGGAUGAAAACCUGUUUCUAUCACUAGGAAGGCUUGUUAUGAACACUGGUUCGACUGUGGUUGAAAUAUUUGGAGGAAUGUUCUCAGGUUUCAGAAAGAACAGUUACCCCCAUCAUGUACAGCAGCACUACCAUUACAAUCACAAACAAUCGAGUACAUGGCCAAUGCAGGAAAGCUAUGUAAUUCGAGAUGAAGAUGAGGCCCCACCCCUUGAUACCAGAGACCCUACACCCCGAAAAACCUAUCCAAUCAUGAACAAAGACCCGGAGAAACCACGACAUAUCAGACAAAGUCAAUCACAUUAUGUAGGAUGGAAUGGCAAUGCACAUGGGCAUGGCAAUUUUCAGCAACAACAACAUCAACAUCAACAACAGUUUCUUCCACAAGUGUAUCAGCAUCACGACAAGCACCAGUCAUCAAGUCCUCAAACAUACUACGAGGAAAGCUGUGAAACGAAAGAGAUUGUGUUUGGAGCAGUUCAAGAACAGGAUGGACGACAUGAAACAAUGGUGAUAAAAGCAGUUGAUUAUGGGGAUCCUGCUUAUAACAAUCACAACGUUCGAUCCAGGUACAACUACAGCACGCGUUACUCAUUCUGAUGGUAAUAGCUAGACGACCAUUGCGAAAAACAUCAACUUGUACUCUGUCUGGAUUUCACUUGUUGUAUCUUUCAUAGGGAAAUGGAUAUGAUCAUAGAAAACAGCACCAACAAAGUAUAUGAAUUCUGAAUUUCUUUUGUAAUCCAUAACUUAUAGUGAAUCUUUUUGAGAAUUAAGUAUAUUUUGUUUUGAUUGAAA